UUCCCCACAUCCCCCCUCACCCAGCCCCGCACACCCCGUCGCGUUCCCCCUCCCGCUCUACACGGCUCGCUCUCACCCGGCGGCGCCGCUAACCGGUGGCCCCGGUACCGCCCUCAACCGCCUUCGGCGAGCGUAACGGCAACGCCUGGCGUUCGCCAACCUCUUAGGCUGGCUCGUCCUUAGUGGAAAAACGGAGACAACCCGGGGUUUGCCCGUGAGGGCUUUCCUUGCUGGCCCCGCGCGUGGGGCUCACGGGGACCAGCAGCACCGCCCGGCACAGAGAAUAAAUAACCUGGUUACUGUCCCACCACAUCCUCACUCUUUUCCCUUUUUCUUUUUGUUUGUAUUACUUUGUUUUGUUUUGGUUUGGUUUGGUUUUUUUUGUUUUGCUUUCUUUGCUGACUAGGUGGAGGAGCAUCACCAAGUGACCGAAGGAAUUGAUCAGGACGGUGUUUCACCCUGAUCCCUGGGGUCGCUGGUGCAUCAGGCGGAGCCUGUGGGAUACAAACGCUGCCACCCUAAGCUGUUUUCUCCCCUCCUCACCAUCUCUGCUCCAGCACAGGAGGGAGCCAUGGUGUGCAUUCCCUGCAUCGUGAUCCCUGUUCUGCUCUGGGUCUACAAGAAAUUCGUGGAGCCCUACCUGUACCCCGUGAUUGCACCCUUCAUCAAGCGCCUCUGGCCCAAGAGGGCUGUGCAGGAGCCAGCAGACUCCAAGAAGGGGCCAGGAGGCAGCAGUGGGGACACUCAGGGACCUGCAGCCACCAAAACAGACCAGGAGGAUGGAUCUGGAAGCCAUAAAUCUGAAAGCAAUGGCAUUGCAAAUGGAAGUGCUGUAAAGAGAUCCACAGCUGUUUAUGACAAGAAAACGGCUUAAAGGAGUUAAUUCCUAAGGAUUUUAUUCCCUCAUGUCCAGUAUGAACUGCUGAUAUUCCUCUCACUUUGAGACUUUUUUCUUUGCACAUUUUAGCUGAAUAAAAAACUUUAUUGCUUGCA